CUCUUCCGAUCUCAACUGUGGAAAUUUCUUCAAUUCUGCUUUGCCCCUCCUUGUUGUGACGGUUGAAAGGGUAGAAAUAGAGGAGGACAAGGUUGGAACUUGGAAGCAUGGUCUGCAGAUUUAGUCUUUCGAGGUGUAGGAAUUCGUUAUAGGAGUGGCCGAGGGGUCAAGUGUUAGAGCAGCAAAAUGGCUUCCGAGGAGGAAAAGAGCAAACAGGAGAAUAGUAGCAGUAGUUCUUGGUCGCGAAACCCACCCUAUAUAGAAAAGGAAGGCGAGGAUGUGAAGGUUUGGGGAAUUCUCUUGUUUGGUCUGGUUGGCGCCACCCUCACCACAUUCGCCGUCGGACAAUUGCAGAGGUCCAUUGACUGGUUCUACACUCAGCUAACUAGGUCAAAGGGUACAACUGGUGGUCCAUUUCGUUCAAGUUUCAGGGAGGAAGCAUGGAAACGAUAUAAUCGUAGAAUGCAAGAGGAGUAUGAGGAUGAAAUGGAGAGAGUGGAGCGUAUAAAGCGUAUGCAAAGUGUGUUCAACAGAGAACGGAAUAAAUUUAAGAAGAGCUAUGAGAGCUGGGGAGAAAAUGGUCCCGGAGCAUAUCAUCAACAUUUUCAGCGAAAUGAUUGGUAUUGGAAGACUGAGACAUCCUACAGAGAACAAAGGACUAAUUCGAGAGCAACCCCCCAAGACAGUGGAAAUAUUUCAUUAUCACAUCACUACUCAGUUUUGGGCCUCGACAGGUGGAGAUCAAAGCCGUACACAGAAACGGAGAUCAAGACAGCUUUCAGAGCGAAGGCAAUGGAGUACCACCCAGACCAAAACAAGGAUAAUAAAGAGGCUGCUGAAGCAAAGUUCAAAGAAGUACUUUUGUCCUAUGAAGCGCUAAAAUCAGAAAGAAAGAAUGAGAAGCUCUAAUC